UAGUUUUUGAGAAAAUGGUGGAAGCCGGGUGGGUACGCGCGAGGGUCAGACCCACAGGCACAGCCCUCAACUACCCUCAAUCUGAUGAAGCCAAACCAGUGUGGUAGGUGAGAUGAAGGGAAGCUGAAACACAUACCAUAAAAGAAGUAGAAGUACUUCCCUCAAUCAAUUAGUUACACAUUACCAACCACUCUUAAGCCUUUUUGCUUCUCUGAUCGAUCCUCGUGUACAUAAACACAACCACCUUCACCUUUCCAUUCCCUCCUCCUUCACUUCACUUCUCUUCUUCUUGGCUCUUCCGUAACUUUCGCUCUCCGUUUGGCUCAUUUCUCGCUUUUUCUUGAUCAACUUGCUCCAUACAAAGUUUGCAGUUUCGAGUGGAAUAAUCAGUUUUCCAACAAUUCCAAUGGCAAAGGAAGUUGUUGUCCCUGAUGAACCGUUUGUUAUCGGAGAAGAAGUAGACCAUGUACGAUUGAUCACUUUGAACAGGCCUCGACAUUUGAACGUCAUCUCAUCCAAAGUGGUUUCAUUGCUAGCAGAAUACUUAGAAAAAUGGGAGAAAGAUGAGCAAGCAGCGCUUAUACUAAUCAAGGGAGCUGGGCGUGCUUUUUCUGCUGGUGGGGAUUUAAAAAUGUUUUAUGAUGGCAGGAAAUCAAAGGAUUCUUGCCUCGAAGUGGUCUAUCGAAUGUAUUGGCUUUGCUAUCAUAUUCAUACCUACAAAAAAACCCAGGUUGCUCUUGUUCAAGGAAUUUCAAUGGGAGGAGGUGCAUCAUUGAUGGUCCCAAUGAAGUUCUCAGUUGUAACAGAAAAAACUGUCUUUGCAACACCAGAAGCAAGUAUUGGUUUUCACGUGGACUGUGGUUUCUCAUACAUGCUUUCCCAUCUCCCUGGGCAUUUGGGGGAAUUCUUAGCCUUAACAGGUGCUAGGCUAAAUGGUAAGGAACUGGUUGCAGCUGGACUAGCAACCCAUUUUGUCCCUCUUGAGAAACUACCUGAGCUAGAGGAGCAUCUGAUUAGCUUGAACUCCGGUGACGAGAAAGCAGUAAAAUCUACAAUUGAGGAAUUUUCUUUGAACAUCCAGCUUGAUGAAGACAGUGUUUUAAACAAGAAGCCAAUAAUUGAUGAGUGUUUCUCAAAGGAUACUGUUGCAGACAUUAUAAAAUCAUUUGAAGCUGAGGCUAACAAAGAGGGCAAUGGAUGGAUUGGUCCUUUACUGAAAGGGUUGAAAAGAUCAUCACCAACAGGAUUGAAAAUAACAUUGAGAUCGAUUCGUGAAGGGAGGAAGCAAACACUCCCUGAAUGUCUGAAGAAAGAAUUUCGACUAACAAUGAAUAUUUUACGGACUACAAUAUCUGCAGAUGUCUAUGAGGGUAUCAGAGCUCUCACCAUUGACAAGGAUAAUGCUCCGAAGUGGGACCCACCAGUUCUAGAUCAAGUGGAUGAUGAGAAGGUAGACCUAGUAUAUCAGCCGUUCCAAGAGGAUUUGGAGCUCGAAAUUCCAGAACAGGAACAGUGCAGGUGGGAUGGAAAAUAUGAGAACUCGGCUUACGCAAAUUGAAAGGAUAACAGAAUGAUGGCUGAAGCACCAUAAAGAUUUAUGGUCAGGAGCUGCCUUUUUCCAGAAAAUUCUCCAUGCAAGAAAUUUUAUCACUUUAUCAUAGUACCUUGUAUUAUCCAUCCCCUGGUUGAUUUUUGUGUUUCACUAAUGAAUCUUCCCUCUUUAAAUAAAAGGUUAUUUACCUAUACUACAUGUGCAUGUGAAUAUGUUAAGUGAUACUGCGAUUUUAGACUCUUA